ACCUCAACACAGUUUUCCGAAAAGUGUGCAGGAAAAAUGCUGAGGAUUUUCACAAGGACUGCUGUUAGAGCUAAUUUCCCCGCUGCGAGCGCACUUCACACGUCUUCCGUGGAAUGGGCUGCGCGCAAAGGCACCCGAGAAAAGGCGAGGAAGAAGAAAGUGAAGGUGGAAGUGAAGAAAGUGGGUUUCAUCCCGCACAAUCAGAGGAAGAAGGACAAAUUACCACAAAGCAAGAUAAAUAAGCACUACGAUGAUUUUUAUCUGAAAUUGCCGACUGACAAUGUUUGGGUUAGUCGCUUCUACCGAUGGAAGGUGUAUCCGUUCCGGGAGGCUGUGGAGUGCCACCGGGAGACCCACCAUCCGACAAUGUACAAUGUCCCAAAUGCGCCACUCACAGUGCACAUUGAACUGAAUAUGGUGGCGGAGAAGUCGACUCGGUUUUUGGAGAACUUCCAUCGCAUCGUUAAGAUUGACCACAGCUUCGAUCAAGGAGCCAAUAGGCAGAUUCUUGUCUUCACAAAGACCAGGGAAGAUGCCAAGCAAGCCAUGGAGGCUGGAGCCGAUCACGCUGGUGGAUCGGAACUGAUCAAAGAUGUGCAGAAUGGAGAGAUUCAGCUCAGUGACUACAAUUAUGUCCUGGCACAUCCGGAAAUUCUCCCUGAACUCGUGACUCUUCGAGGUCUAAUGAAGAAAAAGUUCCCCAAUCCAAAGUCUGGAUCUCUUGGUGUGGAUAUUCCGGCGAUGGUGCAACACUUCAAGAACGGAAUUGAAUAUUCAGCUAAGAGAGAUGAGAACCAGCUGGAUUUUGCACUGAUCACUUCCACCAUAGGAACGAUCGACAUGGACAUUGAUCAUCUGGAGAAGAAUCUAAUCUGCCUGCUGAAAGAUAUCGACAGUGUACGACCGAAGAGAGAUGGUAAAUUCAUCACGAAGGUUCUCCUGUUUUCCGCCCCAUCUGCGGAGCGAUUCAAAAUCAAUCCUUUCCUCUACAUUGACGAAGUGCUUGAGAAAUACGCCGCGAAAGAAGACACUGAGACAGAAGGAAAGGAUGAAACAGAGGCUCAAGCAGUUCAAUGAAGAGUUUCUCAUAUACUCUUCCGGCAAUUUAGCAAAUACAUUUGCCUUCGGCGUGAAAGACACACUUCUGUCGCGAUAAUUGUCAAUGGAACAGUAAAUUGAUUGUUGUAGGUA